AUGGAGUAUUCCUCACCCCGGAGCCAGAAGCGCCUCCUGGAGGGGUGCACCGCCCGCUCAGUAGAUCCUGGUGAAUCCGCCCUCGCGCCCUCCAUCUCCGCCGACCCCUGUCCCGUGUCGACAGGGCACCUGGGCUGGACCUCACCCACGCCGUUUGCAGAGCUCAUCACGAGCGCAGCAGGAGAGCAGCUAAUUAUGAAAGGGGCUUGGGACUCGGUGACGCGGGAACGCCGUGCAGCCCAGACCGGCCGGCGCUGGGGCCGCAUUCUGCUGGUAGCCCGAGGCUUCCUGGAGUCUGAUCGGGUCCACGGCGCGGGUGGUGGAGUCUGUGCCCACGACACGGACACGGUGAAGGAGACGCCGGGGCCCGGAGUCAGGUCUCGCUGUCAGUCCCGGGAGCUGCAGCAGAAAAGAUGGAAGGACCCCACCGAGGAGCAUCUUCAACAGGAGGGCGAGGGCGAAGACGGCUCCUGGCGCAGAGGCCGCAGGCGGAGACGAGGCGCCCUGAGAGCCGUGCUCUUCACCUUCGCCUCCGUGUGCACCUGGAAUGCCGGGUACCUGCUGGCACAGCUCGUCCCAGACGCGCCCCUGUCCAGUGCCAUCUACAGCGUCCGGAGCAUUGGGGAGAGGCCCAUCCUCAAAGCCCCGGCCCCCAAGAGGCAAAAAUGCGACCACUGGUCCCCAUGCCCCCCGAACACCUAUGCUUACCGGUUGCUCAGCGGCGGGGGCAGGGACAAGUCCGCCAAAAUCUUUGAGGACAAGCUGCUCAUAGGAGAAAAGAUUGGAAAUGUUGGGAGAGGAAUAAAUCUUGCCAUUGUCAGUUAUGUGACUGGGAAAGUGAUAGCAGCACGGCGUUUUGAUAUGUAUGAAGGAGGUUACUCCGGACCCAUGACCAAGUUCAUUCAGGGCGCGCCUGCGAGGUCCCUGCUCUUCAUGGGGACCCACGAUGAUGGCAGCAGACUGCAGGAGGACGCCAAGAAGACCAUAGAAGCGCUUGGAAGCAAAGAAAUCAGGAACAUGCGGCUCAGGUCCAGCUGGGUAUUUCUCACAGCGAAGGGCUUGGAACUUCCUGCAGGAAUUGAGAGAGAGAAGAUCAACCACUCUGAUGUUGCAAAGAACAGAUACCCGGGCUGGCCUGCAGAAAUACAGAUGGACGGCUGUGUGCCGAAAGAGCUGAGCUAA